GUGAGCGACACCGGCACAGUGCAACUCUCUCCACGAGAGAGACAACUUUCCCCCGGACUAACUGACAUAUUUGGCCGCAUUUAUUGUCCUAUUUUUGUGUCAGAUCGAAGUGGGAAAGUUUGAGCAGAUAUAAUAGCGAUAUAAUACAUCUUCUUUGGUGUAUUUAUUGUCUUAUUUUAAGAUUUUUUUGCCAACCGAGGAGCUGCAAGAAUACACCCAGGGCAGUGACAGACCGCGGGAAAAUGUCGUUACUUCCUGUGCAUUGGAGUCUUGGCGCGACAUUACGGUUGUAAACAACAAGGGGAGACACCAUAGCUCACUUCAACAAGUAUUUCUUAAUAAACUGAGCAAGUGAUAUUUGGAAUAAUGGAAAACCCUGACAACAAAGAAGCUUCUGGUCUCUUGAUACCUGUUGUCAAUGAAGAUUCCGUGGAUAUCUAUGAUGACCUAGAUGUUGGUUUUCACAAAAGUGCAGAGAAUUCACCUCCAGAUUCAUCUCAGGUGAAAGAGUCCAUGGAUCUGUAUGAAGAACUUGUUACAGAGGAACAGCAGAACAAAGAGGCAUCAUACACUGAGCUGAAAUCCAGAUUGCAGGCUGCUCAAAGCCAAAUCAAAGAGCUGCACAAGAGACUGGAGCAGAUGGAGAUGCAGAACACCGGAUUAAACACUGAGAACUACCGUCUGAAAAAGAACAUCUCUGCGCUUUUAAAAACAGCGAGGCAGGAAGUGAUACGCAAAGAUGCAGAGAUUCAGAGGUUGAAUCAACGGUCAAUCAAGGUUCCCCAUUACCAUCAGCCUUACAGUAAUCAUCAGCGAGACCAGUCGUCCUCCAACUGGACCAAGGGAAGCUCCAGCAGUCGGCCUCCUCCUCUACCACCACCACCACCGCCGCCACCACCACUACCACCCUCCUGUCCUCAACCACCUCCACCUCCUCCGCCCUCCAGUCUUCCACCACCACCCCCGCGUGUACUGACUUCACCUCCAAAGGAGAAUUCUCGUCAGUCUUCGAGGACAGAAAGUUCUAGCUCAGCCAGUCAGCCCACUGGCUACUGCACUGAGACACAAGUUUCUAAAGAAUUGUCUCACUGUCAUUCAAGAACUUCUUCAAGAGGAGGUUGGGAAAUAACUGAAAAACAGACUGGACAGGUGGUCAGCAAGUCCAGCAGCAGUUCAUCAAACCAGCACAAUGAUUCAGACAAACAAAAGUCCAAGCACAAGGAGGAUAAGUAUCCAAGAAGUAACAAAUUAUAUGAAUCCACAGAUAAGCGACCUAGAACUGAUUCAUAUCUCGCCAGGGACUGUCAUGCCCCCGAGACUCAUAGGUCUCAUAAAAAGGAAAAGGACACAGGACGAAAGCACGACUCCAGGUCAUGUAAAAGCAGGAGCUACUCAAAUGUAGAGGGGCAUCACAGAUCAGACAGAAGUAAAAGCCCCCCUCCAGAAAGUUUACACACAUCAUCUCUCUCUGAUGAUUCCAAACGUAGAACUCAAGAAAAGAAAAAAGACAAAACUAAAUUGUCCCAAUCAGACUCCGAUCAAAGCCCAGCCACAACCUUUGACAGCUACACCCGAGAUCAUAGAAGAGUCAAGAGUAGUGAAGGACGUAAUAGAAGUGCAGACUCCAAGGAAAGGAAGACAGUUUCCUCAGUUGCCCAGCGCUAUGCUGAUUCCUCAAAGGAGAGGGAAGGAGAGCGACAAAGGAAGGAAGAAAAGCAUCGUGAGGAUACAACCAGAAGAAAGCACAAUAAGAGCACCCCAACAAAAAAGAGCAGAGAGAAAUGGAGAUCAAAAGAAUCAGACAAAGAGAAAGAGGAAGUCCACAGUAAAGAACGACAAGAACAGAAACACAAGGCCUUAAGUAGAUCACCUAAAAAACAACCCGACACAGAGAAAAGCCCCAACAAGGAAAACAGUCCAAACAGGAAACUCUGUUUCAUGGAAACUUUGAAUCUAACAAUAUCACCAAUUAAGAAGCCAGUGUUGCCCAUCGACGCCAGCCAGGACAUUUCUGCACCAGAAGAAGUGGUAGCUGAAAACACAACAGAUGAUGAAAAUUCACAGUUAUUUGGGGAGGACAUGUGCGUCAUUGAUGAAGUGGACAGCAGUGAAUUAAAAGCAGAGUGUGAAGAUAUUGUGGAAACAUCUGCAGACAAAGAGUUGAGAUCUGAAAAGAUAGAAGGGAGGUGUGAUAAUGCUAAAGUUGUCCUGGAAAAGGACAAAACGGUGUCUGGCCAAGUGCUUGAAGACAACACAGUGCAAACUACUUCAGCACAGAGCCAAAUCCGAGAUGCUGCAGAGAGUCAGAGUACUGAGUAUGUCACACCAAAACCACCAGAGAGUGAUUCUCAAAAACAACCACAGCAGAGUUCACUAAAACUAUCAGAAAGUAGCUCUGGAAAACCAUCAGGAAGUAGCUCUGGAAAACCAUCAGGAAGUAGCUCUGGAAAACCAUCAGGAAGUAGCUCUGGAAAAUCAUCAGGAAGUAGCUCUGGAAAACCAUCAGAGAGUGAUUUUAAAAAACAACCACAGCAGAGUUCACUAAAGCUAUCAGAAAGUAGCUCUGGAAAACCACCAGAAAGUAGCUCUGGCAAACCAUCAGGAAGUAGCUCUGGAAGACCACCAGAGAGUGAUUCUCAAAAACAACCACAGCAGAGUUCACUAAAGCUAUCAGAAAGUAGCUCUGGAAAACCACCAGAAAGUAGCUCUGGAAAACUAUCAGAAAAUAGAUCUGGAAAACCAUCAGGAAGUAGCUCUGGAAAACCAUCAGGAAGUAGCUCUGGAAAACCUUCAGAAAGUAGCUCUGGAAAACCACCAGAGAGUGGUUGUCCAAAACAACCACAGAGUAGUUCACUAAAACCAUCAGAAAGUAUUUCUGGAAUACCACCAGAGAGAAGCCCUGUAAAACCACCAGAGAGGAGCCCUCUAAAAUCACCAGAUAGUACCUUUCUAAAAUCGCCAGAAAGUAGAGGUUGUGGAAAACCGCCAGAAAGUAGUUGUGGAAAACCACGAGAGAAAAGUUCUCGAAAACCACCUGAGAGAAAUUCUCAAAAACCACCUGAGAAAAAUUCUCGAAAACCGUCAGAGAAAGAUUCUCAAAGACCACCAGAGAAGAAUUCUCGUAAACCACCACAGAACAGUUCUGGUAAAACCCAAGAGUGUAGUUCUCUAGAAGCAAGAGAGGAGGAUGGAGAUAAACCUAAAGCAGUGGAGGUGAUGGACUCUGCCAGUGAAACACGUGGAAGCAGCAAUGGUUUACAAAAGGUAAACCCUGAAAACAGUACUUCACAAUCUGCUGCAUCUGACCUCAAUGUGCUUGAGCCAAAAGCAGAACAUAAAAAUCCUUCCAUGGAUUCAUUUGAAAAAGGUGCAAAUGCUUCAAUUUCAAAGGAACACCCUGUAGCAGAAGAUGUCCCCAGAAGUCAGCAGAGUUUUGCUACCGUUUUAUCACAAGACUGUCAGCAAGGUGUGAAUCCUUCCCCAUCAAUUACUCCCAUUCACAAUAAAGGUGCCCGUCACAUGGACGGCGCUCCUAAAGACACUGAUGCUGUGUCUAGCACAAUAAGUUUGGAAUCACUUCCUCAAGAAGGCCUGAGUUUACCUGAGGCCAUUAACAUUUUAACACGGGCAACUGAAGAGACUGGAGAAGACACUAAGGACAGCAGCAGCAUCGCAGCUGAGCCAAGCUCCUCCACCGGCUGCAUCGGUGUGUCAAAAGUCAGCAGUACGACAGAGGAGGCAGCACUGCCAGAAAAGUCCAUCAGCUUUAUGUUCACACCAAAAAAGAGCUUCAGCCCUGGAAAGAAUUGUGAGUGCAUCGCCGAGCCUUCCAGUUCGGUGCCCCUGCUUCACGAUGAGGACUCUAUGAUGCGCACUCUGAGCAAUCUUAAGAGAAUCCCUGACGCCAUUAGCCCUCUGAGGAGCCCCAUACGACCAAACAAGAGAAGCCACAUCCAAAUUCACGGCAAGCCUGGUCAUGUCAAGAGCCUUCAAAAAGAUUAUUUCAGCGCACCUGCUGAUGUCAACUCUAAGACUUUGGAUGUAAACAAAGAGAACAAAUAUCCGGGUUCUCCUGCAAACCAAGACACUCACAGUACUGUGGAUAAGGGAUCAGACCCGCUUUCAAGUCUGUCCGACACUGAACUGGAGGAUGGGGAAAUUUUAAGCGAAAGUGAUGAGGCAGCGGCUGCUUCUCCUGCUGCUUUAAACAAAAGAGCAAAGUUGGUCCGACCAGUCAGAAAUAAACCGUCUCCUAAGUUUGCUCUAAAGAGGAAAUCAGAGGAAAGAUUUGCUGACUCAAAGGAAACUAGUGAGGCAGGUGGUUCAACUCGAAGUCCAAAGAGUCGUUUUAAAACAGUUUGUCCUGCAGCAACCAAGGCUUCUUUUUCCACCAUAGAGGAAAUAAUGGAGACAUUCAAGCUGGUUCGCAGUGAGAUCCGAAAAAAGUACAUGAAGCUUCAUAAAACCUUCCCCAGGAAGAGCUUCUAUGGCAUGAUGGAUAAUUUCCAGGAGUCUUAUGUUGAGUUUGUGGAAGGUGCCCAUUUUGGUCAAAUGUGCAGUGAGGCGGGGGAGCUGAAGUCCAAGCUGAAGAAAGUGAUCACGUCUGUGUUUAGCAAAGUGUCAAAUAACGGUAUCGUGAAACGGAUUUUUGAGCAGCAAGCGGUUGACCUGAAGCAGAAGUUGUGGGACUUUGUUGAUGUCCAAGUUGACUGUAUGUUCAAAGACAUCCAUGUGACUCUGAAGACCUUUUGUAAACCAGCAAGAACUCAGCCAGAGGAGAAGAGACCCAGUGGGAAUGAGAAACAAGUGAAACAGCCUUCAUUAAUCAAGCCCCAAGUUCAAAAGAAGGAAGUGAAAUGUUCUCCAAGCAGCAUGAAUCCAACCAACCAGUGUGCUUUGGUCCCGUACAGAACGGGGCUCGGAAGCAGAGGCAAAGAUAUCCGAAUAAUGCAUGUGGAAAACGACUGCCACAGUGACCCACAUUCAGCGGAGUUCCUUCACAAACAAACUGUCAGCAACCUCCCUCCCCCUAAAACCAUCCCCUCCAUUCCAGAGAAAAACAGCACAACCUCUUUUGUCAUCUCACAAAAUGGCUCUUUGCUCGACAAAACUGACUUUGAGCUCCUCACGGAACAACAAGCCUCCAGUUUAACUUUUAACCUGGUGCGAGACUCUCAAAUGGGGGAAAUCUUCAAAUGUCUACUGCAAGGAUCCGACUUGUUGGAAAACAACAGCGUCACAGGAGAUGGCACAUCCUGGUCCAUCGGCACUCCGAGGAAGGAUGGAGAGAGGCUCAUCAGCAUCACUACUCCAUCUAAAUUUGAGUCUCCAUCUAAGCUGCUGAGCCCAAGCAAAUUUGCCACCCCCUCCAAGUUAAUCACAACCUGGUCGAGCAUUUCACCUCGUAAGAUGUCGUCUCCUCAGUCCAAAGGUCAGGUCUUGCUGAAUCCGGCUUUAUUUGACGAGAGUUGCUUGUUAGAAUUGCCGUCAGAGAACAGAGCCAUUCUACAGUCUAGUUUGUCUUCACAAAGGUCUUAUUCUAUACUAUCUGAAGACCUGGCCGUGUCCCUCACGAUACCAUCCCCGCUUAAGUCUGACAGCCACCUCAGCUUCCUACAGCCGACAAGCAUGCACAUCAUGUCCACCCCAGACAGUGUCAUCAGCGCACACAUCAGCGAGGACGCCCUGCUGGACGGGGAGGACGCCACAGAGCAGGACAUCCACCUCGCCCUCGACACGGACAACUCCAGCUGCGGCUCCAGCAGCGGUGCGGCCUCAGCGGGACACAUCACGUCGUUCCUGUUCAAGCCUGACAUGCCCAUGCAGGCGCUAGUAAUGGAAAAGUCCAACGAUCACUUCAUCCUGAAGAUCCGGCAGACGGCCGCGCCCGCAGACGUCACGCUCACCGCAGACGAGAGUUUGAGCCGAACGCUGACGGAGGAUGACCAGCAGCAAAGAGGAGGAGACUCGGGAGCUGAAGAAAGUCAAGCAAACGCUGAUUUGUGCGACAAGCCGGAAAACAGACGUACGUCUUCAUGUCUGCGUCACUCAGCUGAAGGUUCUGAGAUGCGUCAGGCGGCCAAAGGCCCAGAGAGCUGUAUCGCUCAAGAUGAAACCUCAACGCCACCUAAAGAUCCACCCCACAUAAAACACGAUACCUCAACAAUUAGUGUUUCUGAGGAGUCACAGAAAUCCUCAGAGUCUCUGAAAAAUCAGCCCUCAUCUAAGAACGGUUUGCACAGCAGUGCUAAAAGCUCCGAUCACAUCUCUGAUGAGAACACAAGUCGGACACACCGAGGAAAACAAAAAUCAAGGAGGAGACAAAAUCAAAAAAAUAUCUCAAAUGCCUCAUGCACAGACUCACAGGAUAUGAUCACUCCCUCUGAAAGUGCAGUGUCAGACAGCAGUCCUCUUCACACUGCUGCUGGCUUCAUUGAUACUAAUCAAGGGAGCCAAGCAUCACCGUCACGUGUGUCAGACUCGGAGAGGCAUGGAAAGGAGACAUCAGAGUCCAAUAUAAGUCCCAGCAGCUCGCCGGAGAAAGACCAGAGCGAGUGUGACAGAGGUAGAAAGCGUAAGAGGCACCGAGAUGAAUCAAAACCAAAGCGUCGCAGAAGGACGGAGCCGGACAGCACAGAGGAGACGGUGUCUCACCUUACAAGAGAAGACCGUGAGUCCAUGUCCUCCCCAGCGUCUCUGUCCCCCAACAGUCUCUCAGCCAAGAAUGUUGUCAGGAAGAAGGGCGAGGUGGUGAUAGCAUGGACAAGAGAUGAAGAUCGAAUGAUCCUGGUAGAGCUGAAGACAAAAGGCGCAUCACGUGAGACUUUCUCUGCUUUGUCAGAGAAACUCCAUAAACCAUCAUCACAGAUUGCUCACAGGUUUCACCAGCUCAUGAAGCUUUUUAAGAAGCAGGAGAAGAUGGACACCUGAAGCCUCCUACUGAUCUGCUGUGUUUGAGUUUAGUCCUCGUUUCCAUUCACGUUCUGCAGUGGCAGCAGCAGAGGUGCACGGUCUACUGGUCAAGCAGGAGUGAGGGGAGAGACGAGCCACUGCAUGUCCUGGCUGGGUCACGUGGGACCCCUCUCUCUCUGGCCAUCGGCUCCUCAGAAGCAUGGAGAGCAGAAUCUUUGAAUGGAAGAUCAGAAAUGUUCUGUGAUUGAUCGGGAUAUUGAAAAAUAACUGAACGAUACAAUAUACUGACCUCCUCAGCUGAAAUGACACGAUAGGUUGACGUGAAGGAUGAAGCAGUCAGCAUCAGUGUUAUUGUUUUUCAUGCACUUUUUGGUUUUAUUUUUAACAUUGUACUCAAUCACUACGUUAGUGUCGGUUCUGGAUAUUUGCAGAUGUCUGGUCCUCAUAGAAGCAUACAACUCAGUCCUCAGUAUUCACUCUUGUACACAUUAUCCUACCUCUGCAGAAAUGUUUGUCUCAACACAAUACUGAGGUUCAUUUUACCUACGGUCCUAAACAUGUCUUUUUCCUCAAUAAAACAACCUUGGGACUGUGACAAGUGUAGUAAAUGUUUUUCUUGAUCAAGUAAUGUUUUCAGAUUUUGUGACUGAUGUGGGAAUUUAGGUGGAUAUUAUAAUUCUGACAUUGUUGAAGUUGUUUUAAAAGAAGUAUUCAAAGAUUGGGAGAUGGUGGUGCUGCGUAAUGUGUUAAACAGUUGUUGUAGUGAUUACUUAUCUAAUUCAUGUAAAAGGCAGCACAUUUACAAUAUCUGUGGAAUACUAACUUUUAUCCAUGGGCCUUAAUGCCUUUUUGUUUGACUGAUCCUACAGCAUAUCAAAUGCAAUACUGUGAAUACUGUAUAUACGUUUUUUCCUGAAAAUAAAGUUUUAUUUAUUUA